AUGGCUAACUCCGAUUCAACUGUUAGUUUGAAACUCCUAGUUGAUUCAAAGCGUCACAAGGUUUUGUUUGCCGAAGCAGGCAAAGACUUUGUGGAUUUUCUUUUCACUCUUCUAUCGUUGCCUUUAGGGACUGUGAUUAGGCUCCUAGCCAAGCAUGGCGUGGUUGGUAGCUUAGGGAAACUCUACGAGAGUGUUGAGACUCUGAGUGACGCAUACAUGCAACCCAAUCUUGACAAGGACACUCUGCUGAAACCCAAGCCAGCGAUUGGCGGUGCUGAUGUCCUUCACUUGUUGGCCGGCGAUGAAGCAACUAGAAAGGUCUACAUGUGUCGCAACUAUCACCGUUAUGUAGCUGAUGAUUCUCGAGCCAUUUGUCCUUCGUGCGAAUCCGCUAUGUCAACAGAAGUGCCUCAUGUAGCCCCGCAGGUUACUUCUGGAAGUUCCUCCGGCGAGGGUGGUGGUUAUGUGAAAGGUCUUGUCACAUACAUGGUAAUGGAUAACUUGGAAGUGAAGCCCAUGUCUACCAUUUCAGGUAUUACAGUGCUGAACAAGUUCAAUGUUAAGGAGGUUGGGGACCUUGAAGAGAAGGUGGUUCAUCUUGGCAUGCAAGAGGGUAUAAGUCUGUUGAAGGCGUCUCUCCAGUCAAACUACGUUCUCACCAAUGUUUUUCUGGGUAAGAAAGUGGCAUGA